AUGAAUGAUUAUGAAACAGAUUUCGCACUUGAAGUCAUUGAUGCUUUAAUACGGCGGCCAGAAGCUGCUUCGUUCAUCGAUCCAGUAGAUGUGGAAUCUGAUUUUGCAGAAGAUUACUAUCGGCGUAUAAAAAAACCGAUUGAUAUUACAACCAUUAGAACAAAAAUUGCAACAAAAAUAUAUAGUCGUAGUAGUGAAUGGAAAAGCGAUCUGGAGCUGUUAUUUAAGAACGCAAAAUCUUAUUUUGGAGAAAAUAGUUACAUUGGUUAUUUGACUUUGGAUUUAGAAAAGUAUGCGAUGAAGCUAAUUAACUCCGAAGAAACAAUGACUACUGUAGAUAGAAUGAAUGCAUUUGGAUCAAUCCAGAUGAAAUUCGAAAAUUGGGUUAAAAAAUCUCCAGAUAAGAUUGUAAGUUACUUUGAUACAUACAGCGACGAUGAUCCGGAAAGGAUCUUAAAUAAAAGUGAAGUAAAUGCGUUUAUUAGAGCAUGUUCGAUGCUACCAAAUCCAAAAGAUGCACGAGCUCUAUUUGGAAUUAUACAAUAUGUUAACCCAAAUAUAUACCCUGUAUCUGAAAAUAUAAUUGUAAAUUUAACGGAUGUCAAUAAUUUAGCACUACAUAUUAUGAAAUUUUACGUAGAGAAGCGGUUCGAAGAGGAGGGUUUAGAAUAUCCUACAGAUGACGAUUAA